AUGGGCUUGUACGACUCGCCCUAUGAUCCUUUUGAGGUUUUCUUUGGCAGAUAUUGUUCCAAGAUAUUCCAUGCCUGUCGUCUUGUAGUGGAUACUGGCAUUCACGCGGUUGGAUGGUCACGUGAUCGUGCAAUUCGCUUCCUGACCAACUACAGUGACUUUCCAGACAGUCAGAUCCAGUCCGAGGUUGACCGAUACAUCACGUGGCCAGGCCAAGCCUGCUCCUACAAGGUCGGAGAGAUCAAAAUAAAGAAAUUGAGACAGGAAGCGGAAACGAGGCUCGGCCGGAAGUUCAACAUCCGGGACUUUCAUCAUGUGGCCUUGAAGCUCGGGAGCGUCCCCCUUGACAUUCUACAGGAGGAAGUUCAUGACUGGAUAGACUCGGAGCUCCUUGAUGAGAAAAUAGUCACCAUUCCUGUGUUGUCGUCUGCGGUUAUGUACACAUAUAAUACUGUCCUCACGAUUAGUAUAACAAUAGUUUUAUUGCUUGCAAACAGAAAAUAUAUAUGCUAUUUAUGUUCUGUGCAGUGUACAGUGUUUUGUAUCAUGGUAGAAAUUUUUUGUCUGUUGUAAAUCAAUUUGUCCGUUGUGUAAGAAGGAUGACGUCGUGUUGUCAAUA